AUGUGGCGCGGCCCAGCGUGGCUGGCGUUGGCCCGGGCGCUGCGGGGCGGGGCCUGGGCCUCCGCCCCCGCUUCGCUUUUCUCUAGCUGCGGCGGUAGUCUCAGUACCCAGAUCUCUGGCUUCUGGUCCAGCCCCUCAGUUUGCGGAGCCGAGCCACCGCGCCGGGACUUCAGCGGGAGUGCGGGCGUCUUGGGAAGGAUUAAACAGAGCGCAGCAAUGCCCGAAAUCAACACGGACGAUCUGGACGAGCAGCAGGUGCAGCUCCUGGCCGAGAUGUGCAUCCUCAUUGAUGAGAAUGACAACAAGAUCGGGGCCGAGACCAAGAAGAACUGCCACCUGAACGAAAACAUCGACAAAGGAUUAUUACAUCGAGCUUUUAGCGUCUUUUUAUUUAAUACAGAAAAUAAAUUAUUACUGCAGCAGAGAUCAGAUGCUAAAAUUACUUUUCCAGGUUGUUUUACAAACACUUGUUGUAGCCAUCCACUAAGCACUCCAGUCGAAUUGGAAGAAAAUAAUGCCAUAGGAGUAAGGCGGGCAGCUCAGAGACGUUUAAAAGCUGAACUAGGGAUCCCCAUGGAACAGGUUCCUCCAGAAGACAUUUCCUAUCUAACAAGAAUCCACUACAAAGCACAAUCUGAUGGGAUUUGGGGAGAACAUGAAAUUGACUAUAUCUUGUUUGUGAGGAAGAAUGUAACCUUAGAUCCAGAUCCUAAUGAGAUUAAAAGCUAUUGUUAUGUGACCAAAAAAGAACUAGAAGAACUCCUGGAAAAAGCAGCUAAUGGGGAAAUUAAGAUUACGCCAUGGUUCAAAAUCAUCGCUGAGACUUUUCUUUUUAAAUGGUGGGAUAACUUGAAUCAUUUGAAUCGAUUUGUUGAACAUGAAAAAAUUCAUAGAAUGUAAAAAUGUGGGUCUAGAAAAGUCCACAUUAAAGUCAUUUUAAAAUUACCUUGUUCUCUUUUAAGAGGACCACUGCAGAUGAUAAACUAUUUGAAUAUAUACAAAAGACCACUGGCUAGGUGACUGUAAAUUGUAUGCCUUAUGUGUACACAUGUCCAGAAGGUGUAUACAUGUGGAGGAUUUUUUAUUUAAAAUAAAACAACCAUACAUGCCUGUAGACACACUCAAAAUACAACUAUGUUAACUUAUUUUAAUGUGUGCCUGAAAAAUCUCUUUGUGGCAGAUUUGCACAAAUUAAGUUUUAAUAUGAUUGGGACAGACUUUUUCAGUAUCUAAGUUUCUAUUAUGGUUCAGAUAAAAAGUAUUUGUCUAAAGGAAGACUAUAUUUACUUCUAAGUAAAAUAUUGAUUACCUUUUUUAUCUAGUUGACUCUUUUGAAACAUUAAGAUAAUUUCAUUGUAACUGUAUUGAACUGUUAUAGAAGAUUCUGAGGAGAUUGGUGGUGUCUCAGGUUUAGUUUCUUUACCUCUAUUCCUAGGGAAAAUGGAGGUUAGUCAUUCUGGAAGUGGGUCUUUAAGAAAAAAGGGCGGGGGAAAGUAGUUUUAGAUUUUAGCACUACUCUGUAUAAAUACUUGAACUCAAACAGCACUGUUCUAGGGAGAAAUAAAUAGCAAAACUUUUUAAAUCACAGUGACUACAGCCACUCAAAAACUGGGGAUGUAGAACGAAAAAUAUGAAGAGCACGAUUUGAUUGUAGAAGAGAAUGGCUCUUUUAAGAUAGUGGAUAGCAAGACAUUCUGUGAACCAGCCUGAACCAAGUAAAUAAUAGGUUAUUGAGGUAAUAUGCAGUUUUAAACUUCACCUUCUGACUCUUUUGAAUAACAUUUGAAAUCAGGUAGAUCCAGUUAACCCUAAAAGAUCUAACAAAAGAAAAAGAGAAUGUUUAAAAUUUGUUUCUUAAACCUAAGGUACACAGGUAAAAUGGGGAGUAGAGAGAAUCAUAUGUCCUUAAACUUGAACAUGUAUUUAUUUAUACUUUCUAUAUGAUUAUAUUGAAUUUUUUUGUCCUGCUAAUCUGUAUACAGCAUGACUUAUGAUGGACUUAUUUUACUAAGCAAUGUAGAAAUAAAAUCAAUAAAAGAAUUUUCACAUUCUUUAACCUCA